CUUUCCGAGCGCAGCUCUCGGGAUGCAGCCGGCACUAGGACCUGCCUGGAGCCUCUACGCGCCAGCCCUAGGCAGCGGAUAAAUAUAGCAGGGCAAGAUUAGUGCACAACAGCAGCAGAGCGCGGGUGGCCGUGCCGGCACCGGGAUUCCCGCACCGCCACCGGGGCCGGUGCGUGCCCCGUGCCCGCCGAUGCUCCAGCUCUGCCCGGUCACGGCCUCGCUGCUCCUGGGCACGGCCAGGGCAGCGUGCGACGAGGAGCUGCUGGCGCGGGAGGGGGUCACCUUCUGCGUGAAUGUCACCCGGCAGCAGCCGUUCCCCGCGCUGCGGAGCGUCCGCGGCAUCCGCGUGCCCGUGUUCGACGACCCGGCCGAGGACCUGUCCCGGUACUUCGAGCCCUGCGGCGCCGCCAUCGAGGAGGCCGUGCGGGCCGGGGGGAAGUGCCUGGUGUACUGCAAGAACGGCCGCAGCCGCUCCGCUGCCAUCUGCACGGCUUAUCUGAUGAGACACCGGCAGCUCCCGCUCAAGGACGCGUUUGAGGCUGUGAAAACUGCCAGACCCGUAGCAGAGCCGAAUGCAGGAUUUUGGUCUCAGCUGCAGAGAUAUGAAGAAGAUUUGCAGAUAUCAAAGCACUCUGCUCCCCUGAGCAAAGGACUUAAAAAUAGCAAUGUGUGAAGAUACUUUAAAGAAAGUGAAGUGACUUGCUACAGACGUAAAGGAAAAAAAUCACUUCCUAAAUCACCUGUACAUAAAACACUUUACCUCCAUAACUGAGUUGAUGUUCAUUAAAUUCAUUCAGAGCA